AUGGCUACCGCUCUUUACUGGCUCAUGGUUUAUGCUGGUGCUACUGCUACUGCUACUGCUACUGCUACUGCUACUGCUACUGCUACUGCUACUGCUACUGCUACUGCUACUGCUACUGCUACUGCUACUGCUACUGCUACUGCUACUGCUGAUUUGGAGAUUGGUUAUUGUUUACUGUGA